AUGGCACUUGAUGAAGCUUUAUAUGGUAGAAAAUGUAGAUCCCCAAUUGGCUGGUUCGAAACAGGUGAAACUGUCUUAUUUGGGCCAGAUCUUGUUCAUCAAGCUAUGGAAAAAGUUAAGGUGAUACAUCAACGGCUAACAACUGCUCAGAGUCGACACAAAUCAUAUGCGGAUGUUAGAAGAAGAGAACUAGAGUUUUCCAUAGGGGAUUGGGUGUUCUUGAAGGUGUCUCCAAUGAAAGGGGUAAUGAGGUUUGGUGACCCAUCUCGUAUUACUCCUACAGAAGAUGUACAGGUUACGGGAGAUCUCACUUAUGAAGAAGUACCCAUUGCUAUCCUGGAUCGACAACUUAGGAAGUUAAGAAAUAAAGAAGUAGCUUCUGUAAAAGUAUUAUGGAGGAACCAACAAAUAGAAGGAGUUACAUGGGAAGCGGAAGAAACAAUGAAAUUGAAGUAUCCUCAUCUCUUUCAGAUCCAUGAGAAAGAUGAAAAUGCUUAG